AUGAACAACUUUUUCGUAUUCGUUUUUCUGUGGUUUCUUACCAUUGUUAAUGCCCAAACGACCGUUACGACUACUAAUGAGGAUGGAGAAACAAUAAUCCAGGUGGUCUCCACUGACCCUGUACUAGGCCCAACCACAUCUAUCAUAUCUACUGUCGGUGCUGGGGACGGGGAUGGGGCAGUAGCGCCAAUGCCCACCACAGAGCAGCGAGGUCCAGUUGGCGCCCCACCUUCAACAACUCGUGGUACACCCUACCUUCCAACACCCUACGUCUAUACCACAGUCAUCAAUGGCCAAUCAGUACCAGUCACUGAGACCUUUACGCCCACCAGGCAUUCAACCGUGAGCAUGACCUACCCGACAACGGGCACCAUCUUGAACUAUGACGAAUAUACUAGUCGGUUUGGCCUGCCUGUUGGAGGAGCUGGGAGUUUGGGUUAUUCGAGGGGCCUUACAUUACUUGCGUUUGGCGUUGCGCUUUAUGUUGUUUUUCCCUUUGUAUAG